UUUUAUCGCUUUGAUAUUAUUUUGCAAAGGAAAGGAAAAAGGCAGCAACACAUCGCCGCAGUCCCCAGCUUUCGAAGUUUAAACGCGCCGCUCCGACCGCAAAGCCGCUGGCCGAGUAAAUCCAGCACGCAUCCAGAGGCAAAACGUCUCCUUUCGCCCCUUUUCUCCUUAUUCGUCGUCGUCGUCACUGCCUGUGUCCAUUGCUAUGUCCGCGGAGUGGGACGAAGAGUGGAGAACGGGGUUAGCCGCUUCUGCGCUGGCGACGAGGACUUGAGGCGAACCGAUGCUCCCCUGCUGCCUACGUGAAGGAAGAGGGGUGAUCGCGGGAAAUUCCAAGGCGGUGAGCGCGUGUGCUGCAGAAAGAUUUUAAUUUUAGGUUUUUUUUUUUUUUUUUUUGUGAGGGCGAAUGGAGAUGGUUGUAAGCGGAAAGGAAACACAAAAGGGGCGUCAGGCUGAGAUGAUGAUGGAUUCUGGGAAGUACGUGAGGUACACGCCGGAGCAACUGGAGGCGCUUGAGAGGGUCUAUAGCGAGUGCCCGAAGCCGAGCUCCCUCAGGCGGCAGCAGCUCAUACGGGAAGGCACCAUCCUCUCCAACAUCGAACCGAAGCAGAUCAAGAUCUGGUUCCAGAACAGAAGAUGUCGGGAAAAGCAAAGGAAGGAAUCCUUUCGGCUCCAAACAGUUAACCGCAAGCUCAGUGCUAUGAACAAACUGUUAAUGGAAGAAAAUGAUCGACUUCGAAAGCAGGUCUCUGAACUUGUUUAUCAGAAUGGCUAUAUGCGCCAACAAGUGCAUAAUGCAUCUGUUACCAGGACAAACACCAGCUGUGAGUCUGUGAUUACGAGCGGUCAGUAUAAGCAUCAGCAAAGCCUAACAGCUCAGCCUCAAAGAGAUACUAAUAACCCAACCAGUCUUCUUGCAAUUGCGGAGGAGACCUUGGCAGAGUUCCUGUCAAAAGCUACUGGAACUGCUGUUAAUUGGGUUCAGAUGGUUGGGAUGAAGCCUGGUCCGGAUUCCAUUGGAAUCGUUGCUGUUUCUCACAAUUCUGUCGGGGUUGCAGCUCGAGUCUGUGGCCUUGUGAGUCUAGAGCCCACCAGGGUUGCAGAUAUUCUUAAAGAUCGUCCUUCUUGGUAUCGUGAUUGUCGUAGCCUUGAUGUGCUUAGUGUAGUUCCAACUGGUAAUGGGGGAAAUAUUGAGCUUAUAUACAUGCAGACAUAUGCACCUACUACCUUGGCAGUUGCUAGAGAUUUUUGGACACUGAGGUAUACAACAGCCCUUGAAGACGGCAGUCAUGUGGUAAGUGAGAGGUCAUUGACCCCUGCAGAUGGUGGUCCAGCUAGGCCACCUGCUCCAAGCUUUGUACGAGGUCAAGUACUUCCCAGUGGCUUUUUGAUUCGACCUUGUGAAGGCGGUGGUUCGAUGAUUCACAUCGUCGAUCAUAUUGAUUUAGAUGCAUCCAGUGUUCCUGAGGUUCUAAGACCCUUGUACGAAUCACCGAAACUUCUGGCACAGAAAAUGACCAUUUCUGCUCUUCGCAAUCUAAGACAAAUCUCUUCUGAGGCUGGUGGUGAUGUUCACUGUGGAGGGAAUCAGCAACCUUCUGUUUUGAGGAUCUUGAUGCAGAGAUUGAGCAGAGGUUUCAACGAUGCAGUAAAUAACUUUGCUGAUGAUGGUUGGUCUUUACUAGGCAGCAAUGGCAUUGAUGAUGUGACUGUUGCUAUAGAUUCUUCUUCAAAUAGAAUUCUUGGAUCUCAUGUUAAUUCUUCAGAAAUGUUUUCGACCCCGGGAGGUGUUCUCUGUGCAAAAGCAUCGAUGUUGCUGCAGAAUGUUCCACCUGCAACACUGGUUCGAUUUUUGAGGGAGCAUAGAUCAGAAUGGGCUGAUAGUGCUGUUGAUGCUUAUUCUGCUGUUUCAUCGAGAGGCUGUACCUAUUCGAUCCCUAGUGUUCGAGCUAAUUCUGGUAUUUUGGGCCAUCAGGCAAUACUUCCUCUUGUUCACACUAUUGAAUGUGAAGAGUCGUUGGAGGUGGUCAAGCUCGAGGGCUUUUGUUUCAACCAAAAUGCCAAUUUGUCAGGGGAUAUGACCUUGUUACAGCUUUGCAGUGGAAUUGACGAGAAUGCUAUCGGUGCCUGUGCUCAGCUUGUUUUUGCACCCAUUGAUGAAUCUUUUACCGACAAUAUUCCUCUGCGGCCAUCAGGCUUCCGUGUUAUUCCACUGGAACCUAAAUCAGAUUCUUCUGCUCCUUCACGAACUCUCGAUUUAGCAUCCACACUAGAGACUGGUUCCAGUGCUGCUGCAUACUCCAUUAACGAGACUGCUUCAGCUGCGUAUAACUUGCGAUCGGUCCUCACGAUAGCCUUCCAGUUUACAUAUGAGAAUCACCUUCGAGAUGAUGUAGCUGUGAUGGCUCGGCAAUAUGUUAGAAGUGUGGUUGGCUCAGUGCAGAGAGUUGCUAUGGCUAUUUCUCCGACACCAGGCCUUCCGAUUGGAUCUAAAAAUCUUCCACCUGGCUCUCCUGAAGCUCACACUCUAGCACAAUGGAUUUUCCGAAGUUACAGGGCUCAAACUGGAGUUGAACUCCUUCAAAUAAACUCGCAAGCUAACGAUCCCUUGUUGAAAGUGCUUUGGCACUGUUCGGAUGCGAUCAUGUGUUGUUCUUUAAAGCAUCAUUUGCAGGCCUCACCUGUUUUUACCUUCUCCAACCAAGCUGGUCUUGAUAUGCUAGAAACCACUCUGGUAGCGCUGCAAGACAUUACACUGGAAGCCAUCCUUGACGACAGCCGUAAGCUGCUUUGCUUGGAGUUCCCGAAGAUCAUGCAACAAGGCUUUGCUCAUCUUCCUACUGGUAUCUGCCUGUCAAGCAUGGGGAGGCCGGUGUCAUAUGAACAGGCUGUUGCAUGGAAGGUCCUGAAUGAACAUGGUUCAACCCACUGCCUAGCUUUCAUGUUUGUGAAUUGGUCGUUCGUCUGAAUGCUCAGUUAUUCUGGUUUUGUGAACUUGAACAGUUGACGAAACUACAAAGCCAUGCAUCUGUUUUCGCUUAAGCUCGAAUUUACGAACUGUGAAAUAUCAAUCUGAUAGUCCAGUGCAUCUUGUUAUCUCUAUUAUUUUCAGCUGAUGUACUGGCUCACAAAGAACAGUUGCAAAUUUGGACUGAAAUUUGUUUAUAAUUUGUUAAUCAAACUUCACAAGUGCAAUGUGUAUACUGUCCUUGUAUAAUUAUUGCUUUAUGAAAUUGUUAUUUUCUUAUUAU